AGUGCGGGCUGCCGCCUGCCAGUUCGCGCGCACCGGUGAUAGAGCGCAGUCAAUAGACCCGCCACUAUCAAUCGAAUCACUAUUUUUGUUCACUCGACGCGAAUGAUAAGCCGGCAGAGUACGUGUGCACCUGGCGCGCGCCACCGUUGACACCAAACGUUAAAAGUGCUGUGACCGAUUUCCGAACAGUUUCCCGAUUUAAAUUCACAUAAUCCAGACGGAUGACUGACAUUUCGCUCUCGUUGCUGGUGGACCGUGAGAAACAAGGGGGCGCCAUGGAAAGUUGCUACAAACUGUACACAUGGAUCAACCACACGCUGCUCAUGUUAUUGCUGCAGAUAUUUUGGAAAAUGAGCCAAAUAUCGGACUAUUUUAAACAAAAGUCAGUCGAGGAAAACAAAACUCGGACUUUCAUUAUCACACCCCUCACAAAAGAGUACAAAUACAGAAGGCAUAUACGCUCCAUGUCUGAUGUACAGAGCAGUACACCAUACAGACUGCCCUUCAGGUCUAAGAAAAACUUCUCUCUCUCUUACGACUCUGACACCCGCACUAGAAGAAUCAUGGCUUACAACAGACAAAAGAUUGAAUCGUCAGACUCUAGCGACUACUGCGAGCUACCAAAAAGAAAGAGUAUAGAGUAUAACAUCGUGAAACACUCGGACUCAAUGAGAAUACUAUAAGAUCUGAUGCCUUGAAUGACUCGCGGGUCAGGCUAAUGCACAACAUGGAUGUGAGCUGUUUCUGAUACAGAAAAAUAGGUUACAUUCUACGCACACAUACGAAAUCAAUUGGCUGAUGCAUAUCUUUGAGUUUAUUGACGAUGUAAGAAUGAAAUGGUGCCUGAUAUGUAUUCUAUAGCAAAUAGAAAUAAAUCUAUAGCUUGUAUUUAAAAACAUCUUGGAUACCUUUAGAAUAUGUUUAGUGCUACUGAAAUUAAUAGGUAUGGUUUUAAGUAUCAAUUUGACAAUUGUAGUCUUUACAAUAAAAUCUUCUGCAAAUCCUCUAUGCAAAACCUCUGAAAACAAUGUUGAGGUCUUGCUAGAUGGAAAAUUUAUCAUCAUUAAAAUAUGAACGUUUUUGCAAUUUGUUUGAUGUUUUCUAAGUCACUAUUACAAAACGAUUUCUUGCAAAUUGUAAUGAAACGUAAAUAUUUGAUGAUUUACAAAUAUUAUAAUAUUUAAAAAGUGAC